AUGCUGAGGUUUCUGUUUCUGCUCCUCGGGCUCCUCGGGCUCCAGACAGACAGUAGUAAUUCUGAGCUGCUCCCUGUGCAAAUUAUAAUUCCAGAGAAAAAACGGUCAACCACAAAAGAUGGAGUUGAAUCAAAUGUGUCUUACAACAUUAUAAUUGAUGGAAAAACAUAUACUGUGAACCUGAUGCAAAAAACUUUCUUACCUCCUAGUUUUAGAGUUUAUGGCUAUAAUGGCACAGGAUAUAUGAAGCCUUUUGAACAACAGAUUCAGAAUUUUUGCUACUACCAAGGGUAUAUUGAAGGGUAUCCAAAUUCUAUGGUGAUCCUUAGCACAUGUACUGGACUCAGGGGCUUACUACAGUUUGAAAAUGUAAGUUAUGGAAUUGAGCCCUUGGAACCUUCAGUUGGUUUUGAACAUGUGAUUUAUCGAGUAAAUCAUAAGAAUACAGCUGCUUUUUUAUAUGCUGAGGAGAGUAUCGAGCCAAGAGACUUUCCCUAUAAAAUACAAAGUAUAAAGUCACCUACAGAUUUCUUUAAUUAUAUAGAAGUGCAUAUUAUAGUUGAAAAAAAUUUGUAUAAUCAUAUGGGUUCUGAUACGAUUGUUGUCACUCAAAAAAUUUUCCAAUUAAUUGGAUUGACUAAUGCUAUUUUUACUUCAUUUAAUAUUACAAUAAUUCUGUCUUCAUUGGAGCUUUGGAUAGAUGAAAAUAAAAUGCCACUAACAGGAGAUAUUAAUGAAUUAUUACACAAAUUUUUAAAAUGGAAAAGAUCUUACCUUGUUUUGCGUCCACAUGAUAUUGCAUUUUUACUUGUUUACAGAGAAAAAUCAGAUUAUGUCGGUGCAACCUUUCAAGGAAAGAUGUGUGAUAGACAAUAUGGAGGAGGCAUUGCUCUGCAUCCCAAAGCCUUAAGUCUGGAAUCACUUGCAGUCAUUAUAGCUCAAUUACUGAGCCUUAGCAUGGGAAUAGCUUAUGAUGACAUUGAUAAAUGCCAGUGUUCAGGAGUUGUCUGCAUAAUGAACCCAGAAGCAAUUCAUUCCAGUGGUGUGAAGAUCUUUAGUAACUGCAGCAUGGAAGAUUUUAUACAUUUUAUUUCAAAGCCCAAAUCCCAGUGUCUUCGAAAUCAUCCACGUUUAGAUCCAUCAUAUAAAGCUGCAGUUUGUGGUGAUAAACAAGUGGAAGAAUCAGAAGCAUGUGACUGUGGGACUGCAGAUGAGUGUAAUGCAAUCCAAGAAAAUUGCUGUGAAAGUACCACAUGUCAACUAAAAACCGAUGCCGAAUGUUUAAUGGGACCAUGCUGUGACAGGUGCAAAUUUUCACCAAAAGGAACUAUAUGUAGGAAUCCCUUAUAUGAAUGUGAUCUCACUGAAUAUUGCAAUGGAUCAUCUGGAGAAUGUCAAGAGGACCUUUAUGUUCAGGAUGGUCAUCCAUGUGAAGAUGAUAAAUGGCUCUGCUUAGGGGGACAGUGUAAGAGUCUGUCAGCACAAUGUUUAGAAUCAUUUGGUCAAGGUUUAUCUGGGGGUCCUCCUGAAUGUUAUAAAUACCUUAAUUCUAUCGCUGAUAGAUCUGGCAACUGUGGUGCAGAUGCUUCAGGAUACAAGAAGUGUGAACAAAAAGAUGUGUUGUGUGGAAAAUUAAUAUGUAUAUAUGAAGGUGACGUUAUACUUGAAAAUUCAGAAGCUAUUGUUAUUUAUACUAAUAUAAAUGGAAAUAUCUGUGUCUCAUUGGAAUAUAAAUAUGACCAUGCUAAUGCACAGAAGAUGUGGGUAAGAGAUGGAACUGUUUGUGGUACAAAUAAGGUGUGCAAGCAAAAUCAGUGUGUAGAUAAUGACUUGGGUUAUGACUGUACUGCACAAAAAUGCAACAAUCAAGGUGUAUGCAAUAAUAAAAAAAACUGCCACUGUAAACCCACCUAUUUACCUCCAGAUUGCCAAAGUGAAGAUUCUACAUUUCCUGGUGGGAGUAUUGACAGUGGCAAUUUUCCAGUUUCACAGAUCCAAGCCCGUAAUCUUGAUAGAGUCUAUCUUGACAAUGUUUAUCCUUCCAAACCUUCGAGAUGGCCAUUUUUCCUACUCAUUCCUUUUUGUGUUAUUCUCUCUAUAAUGAUAGUAACCCUGAUAAAAUUUUAUUUCCAAAGAAAGAAAUGGAAAACUGAGGACUAUACAAGCGAUGAGGAGCUUGAAAGUGAGAGUGAACCCAAGAGUAG